CUGUCGCACCUGCGUGAGUGAGAAUUACGUCCCCUUGGAUUGUUUACAGGUGACAUCACGGCCUCAUUCAAAAUGGGGACGGAGUGGCUACUUGCGUUACUUUCGGCGAUUCUCAUCUUCCAAGAAGGUGCGGGGUUGAUGUGCCACCGCUGCUUCAGUGCCAUGGGUGGUUGUGGAGAUGAGGUGGAGUGGAGGAUGUUCCCCUGGAGGGACUGUGGGCCUUCGAACUUCUGUGUCAAGGUCAUUGAGAAAGUGCCAGGUCAAGAACCGAAAUAUAUCCGGGAAUGCGAACACGAAUUGAUGAAAUCAACACGACACAGACUGAGGAUGCCCAACUUGCGUCGCCAUGGUUACUGUCUCCCAGCACGAAAAAACGACCCAUUCAACCCGCUGAGUCUUUCUGACAGCCGGUUUACAUACUGUUUCUGUAAUGAGUACAAUGGAUGUAAUAGUGCCUCUGAUAUCAAGCUGAAAUAUGUUCCAGCUCUUCUCUGUACCUCCAUUGUAACACUUCUAUUGUCACGGUUAUUCUAAUAACCUGCUCCCGGCCCCCCAAAUCAUGGUGCAUACAUUUUAUAUGAUUUUUUAAAAUUGAGGAUUCACAUGUUUUUGUUACCUGAGAAAUUUAAUGAACAAACAGAUAGUAAUGUAAAAGAUGGGGAAGAAAAAGGAAUUUUUUUUUAAGAAAUCCAUAUGGCAAACAACCAUGCUUUCCUGUUCUAUUUGUCUGGGAUAAUAAGAUGGCCAUGUUGAUAUUUCAUGAUUCAAAUGAAAAUCUAGCUGGUAGUAACUCACAUGUUUACAACUUAGCCUUUCUUGAACUUAAUGUUAAUCUCAGAAAGAAAAACUUACUCAUGCUCUAAUAUUGGAACACACUUCAUGUUAAUCUCCAAAUUCAGCCAGUCACAAAGUCUAAUAUUCAAUAACAUUCAUACCUUUAAUUUUUAUGACUUAAAAAAAAAGUUGUCAUUUCUUAAAAUUAUGAAUAUUCCAUGUGCAAGAAAGGUUUCCUAAUACCUUGUCCUUACAGUCUCAAUAUUGUUUUUGAAAUGUUGAACUAGAAACAGCGGACCUGAACAAAAUACAAUCAGUUGUUCCACUUUAAUUUACUUAAUUGAGUUAAUGUCUUUUUACUCCCGUAUGCACUUCUUUCACUUUCUGAAGGAUUAGUGCUCCAAUAUUUCUCCAGGACUUCCUUGACCAGUCAAUGAAUCACUUGAAGUGAACACUAUCAUUGAGGCCAUAAAUCUUGAUUAUCCAUUAAAAGUUUGUCAACUUGACACAUUCCAGACCCACCACCGGAGAAACCAUUUUCAGUGAAAGGUUCAGACGUGAAUAACAAGAACAUAUUUUAUAUACGUUUUAUAUUCACUUUAUCUACUUCCAUGCUUGUAAAUAGAUGCAUUGUAAUCAAAUUUCAUUGUAAUCAUCAUUCUUGUGAGAAUCUGUAAAUAUUUCGAUUUUGUUUUUGGAAGGCAUAUUUUCUUGCUCUGUAUAAAUACAUGCCUUUCUGGAGUCAUAAAGGAAAUAUGUUUACCAAAAUACGUAGUUGUGACAGUGUGAUGACGGAUGCAGUAUUUCAUAACCUGCCUGUUGAAAAUAUUUUCUAAAAUAAAUCUUAUCAAAUUGAUUUUGACAUGAUUAAUUGCAUAUGAUGCUGCUGAAGUGAUUUAUUGUAUUUUGAAUUUGUGUGCUUAGUUUAUGUAAGGCCUCCAACAGUCUAACAUUAUUCACAGCCGUGCCUAUCAUGUAUUUUAACGUUCCAGUUUGGUAGAUUAUCGGCUCCUUGUUGUUUAGUAUCAACCAUAAUGGAAUGAAUCAAUAUAUUCAAUAAUUUAAUGAAGACAUUUACUUUUAAAAAUUUGGUUCAUGGAUUUUACAUCAUAAUUUAAAUUAAGUUUAACGCUGACAGCUAAAGGCAGUGUGGGAAGGGUCAUAUUGACAAAUAUCCAUCUUUCAUUUCAUUUUUGAGUGUGAAUACUUCUUGGAAAUAAUUUCAAAUAAGAUUUUUAUAGACAAGAAAAUCAUCGACAACAAACUAUUUCAUCCACCAUGAUUACAGUUUUUUCAAAAGAAUCCAUAGACAUUUAAAAAUGUGCUUGAAAUUGUACAAUGACCAAAGGCUGAAACUGUACAUUGAAGAAAUGUUCUGUAAUUUUAAGUUGGUGCCAAAUUCAAUAUGCCAGUUAAUGUUUGAAAUUUAUGUACAUUAUGUUUAUUGGUAUUUUCUACUUUGCAUUGUACACACUGAUGUUGCCUGAACCAUCUUUAACCAGACAUAUUCUGUAUCUCAUUGGCUAGACAUUUGACAUUUGACCUAUGUUAGAUAGCAUUUGUUUUAUAUGAUAUUUGAAUAGAUAUCAUUAUUCUUAAAAACGUUUUGUAUUAGUUUACAAGAAUUAUUAAGACAGAAGUGAUUUACAUAACCAUUCCUCAUUGUAAAUAUUAUUCAUAGCAAUAAAUUUUGUAGUAAACAACA